AUCCAAAUCAUCCGCGGGCCACCGUAUUGAGAGAUGGCAGCCUUCCGUAACCAACCUUUCUUCCCGAUGCAAAUGAUUUCGUACUAAAGCCCCACACUCAAAGCAAAUGACUUCAGAUUAACCUGUCUCUCAACUUCUAGUCCCCAUCUACCCUUCAUCAUCUUCCUGCAAUUACCUUCUUCUUUUAUCCGCUUCUCUUCAGUCGAAGCAGAACUAUUCUCCAGCUCCAGGCGACGCUGUUCCUAAGCUAUGGCGCUGAAGUCAUUCGUUGAAAUCCAACCGGACUCGCACUUCCCGAUCCAGAACCUUCCGUACGGCGUGUUCAGGCCUGAAGCGAGUUCGGAGCCCAGACCGGGCGUUGCUAUCGGAGACUAUGUGCUGGACCUGUCCGUCGUUGCCUCCGCCGGUCUCUUCGACGGUCCGUGCCUCAAAAACUCCGACUGCUUCAAGCAGCCUAAUCUCAAUAAGUUCUUGGGGCUGGGGAGGCCAGCAUGGAAGGAAGCUCGAAUGACAUUGCAAAAAUUGUUAUCAGCUGCAGAACCAAUAUUGCGUGACAAUGCAAGUUUAAAGGAGAAAGCACUUGUGCCUAUGGACAAGGUUCAAAUGCUUCUUCCCAUUGCAAUUGGGGACUACACAGACUUCUUUGCAUCGAAACAUCAUGCGAAAAAUUGUGGACUUAUCUUCCGAGGCCCGGAAAACCCAAUUAACCCAAAUUGGUUUCACAUUCCUAUAGCCUACCAUGGACGUGCAUCAUCUAUCGUCAUAUCUGGCACUGACAUAAUAAGGCCAAGGAGUGUAUUUGAAAUGAAGAGAACUUCUGGAGCAUGUGAUUCUUAUGAGAGCCUCAAGGGCAAGGCCACCCAGCUGCCAACUCGCUGCCCUAUUUUGGACCUUCUCGCUGCGGUUGUUGGUCCUGGAAAUGAAUUGGGGAAGUCUGUGGAUGUUGACGAGGCUGCGGAUCACAUCUUUGGACUUGUGUUAAUGAACGACUGGAGUGCAAGAGAUAUCCAGGCAUGGGAGUAUGUGCCUCUUGGCCCUUUUCUGGGGAAAAAUUUUGGCACAACUAUAUCCCCAUGGAUCGUGACCUUAGAUGCUCUAGAACCAUUUGCCUCGGACGCUCCAGAACAGAGUCCUUCUCCCUUGCCAUAUCUUGCAGAGAAGGAAUCCAAAAACUAUGACAUCUCCUUGCAGGUUUCCAUUGUACCAGCUGGACAUAAAGAUGCUUUCACUGUGACAAGAAGCAACUUCAAACACUUAUAUUGGACGAUAACCCAGCAACUUGCCCAUCACACCAUCAAUGGCUGCAACCUAAGGCCCGGUGACCUCCUCGGGACAGGAACUAUAAGUGGCCCUGAGCCGGAGUCAUAUGGGUGCUUGCUAGAAUUGACCUGGAAUGGGCAAAAGCCUUUAUCUUUAGGUGGAACGAGCCGCACCUUUCUGGAAGAUGGCGAUGAAGUCAUUUUCACUGGCUGCUGCAAGGGUGAUGGCUACACCGUUGGUUUUGGCAAGUGUUCUGGGAAGAUUAUUCCAUCUCAACCUUGAAACCCUCUUUUUCAUCUUGGCGAAAUUGUGGAAAUUAUUAUUGUCUGGUCUAAUAAGCAUGCCGAGUUUAUGGUUUGGGCUUAAAGAUUUCAUGCAAAUGGUCUUUGUGUUGCUAUAUAUGUGGAUUGAGAAUUGAUCUUUUUGGUUAAUAAUCAACCGGAUUCGUGAAACUGUUCUCAAGGAAAUUCCUAGUAAUCCAUUAAAUAAGAUUUUCCCUUUUAAAAAAAAAAAAUCAAGUUGCAGGUUUGGUAUCUUUUAGAUUGUUCGAAGUAAGAUAAUCUUUGCAUGAAUGGUAUGGGCACACCAGUGCAUUGAGGUACAUCAUAAAGAGCAUUGAAUGCUCACGGUUUGUCCUCUCUCCACUUUACUAAAUAGUUUGGUAUUUUGUUUGGAGGGUUUUAUAUUCUAUAUGGUCCAACACAUUCACGUUGAUAACCCAAUAACUCAUUUUCAAUGGAUUGUGGAU